AUGGGAUGCGACUAUCGAAACAUUUCCCGAGUUAUUGUAUGGGGGCUUUCACUUACCUUUUGUGGAUUUGUCCAGGAGGCUGGUAGAGCUGCCCGUGACUUGGAUACUCAGGGAGAAGCUAUAAUGAUUAUUCCGCAAAGCGUGAUGAAAGAAAAUGUAUCCAAUUCACCUGCGGAAAUUAAUUCCAUUUUCGAGUUGGAAGUAGCUGAACCUGAGACCAUUGAGCAUAAUGAAGUCACGGAAGAUGUUGAUGAAGAAGGGAUACGUCAAGAAAAAUCAACAGCUCCUGCAAAACGGCUGAAACGUUUUGGUAAAGAAACCAACAUUCAUGAACGGCGGGCACUUUUGCUUUAUGCACAGACCAAAUUAUGCCGGCGCAUCAUUUGGAAUAGAUUUUUUCAAAAUUCCAAGAAACCACAUAUCGACCAGGAAACAAUGUACGCUGUUGUGACAACUGGUUUAAAGCGAGGAAAGAAGAAAAAGGUUCCGGAUGAAGAAGCUGCAUACAUUCGAAAAAAACUUACGGAAUGGCGCGACACCAUCCUCUUUGGAAAGGUAUACCCAGGUAUUACUAGCCUUUCUGGGUCUUUGAUUCUUUCCGACAAAACCAUUGCCACCAUCUCAACCUGCGGUCAUCGAUUAGAAUCGGUUUGUGACUAUACAACACUUUGUGCUCACGUGCGAUGGAACCGGGGGCAUAAUGAAGAAACAGGUGGUCCAAAUGAGCUUGGACGUAUGCUUAUACAACAGUUAGAAGUCAUUUACGAAGUGCUUGAUCAGCAAAACCAGCCAAUCGAAGCUCGCAAACAUUUGCAGCGCAAGCAACAGCAGCCUACCAGCACAAAUUCAUUAAAAUGGAAAAAGCCAAAAACCGCUCACGUUUUCUCGGAUGCGUUACCUCAAGUUCCACUUAUAUGGUGUACAGUGGCAACAGAAUUUAAUAUGAAUACAAUCUAUGAAAGCGAUGAAAGUGGUAAUAUGAGCGAUAGUAGUUAG